GGAUUUGGUGUCGAUUUUUCUUCUAUGCCGGAAUCUGAUGAGGAAUAUGCCCGUAAUGUGGAGAAGGUGGCCCAAAAAUUGCUCAGUCAUGGUGUGACGUCUUUCGUGCCAACAGUGAUAACAAGCCCUCCGGAAGUGUAUGCUAAGGUAUGUCUGACUGUAUAA